AUGUCAUCCCCUCCCGCCCCGCGCCCGCAGCUGCUGAGCGGCCGCCGUGGUGCCCCCCAGCAAGCCGCCGCCAGCAGCCUUGGUGCAGAUGCGGCGCCGGCGGGGCCCGCGGCUGCCUCGCAGCAAGGGGCAGAGCCGCUAGGGCCGCAGCCGAAGCCGAGGCUGCCCAGGGUGCUGCUGCCGGCGCCGGCGGGGGACGACACACAGGAGGCUGACCAGCAGGCGGGACAGCAGCAGGGCCUGCACCAAUUGGAGGAGCAGCAAGUGCAGAACCUGCCGGCGGACGAGCAGGGUGCGGCGGGGCAGGGGGCGUCGAGUGCGCCGGCAGCUGCAGAGGAGCUGGGGGUGCCGCAAGAGCCGCCUACACUCGGGGAGCAGCCAGCUGUGCAGCCGCUGGCAGAGCCGCAGCCGGAGCCGCAGCAGCCGCAGCUGGAGCCGCAGCAGCCGCAGGCAGGCCAGCAGCAGCAGCAGCAGCAGCAGCAGCAGCAGCAGCAGCAGCAGCAGCAGCAGCAGCAGCAGCAGCAGCAGCAGCAGCCAAACGCAGCGAACCUCCAGCCAGCGCAGCGGGGGGCCAUCGACACGCCCGAGUUGCAGCCUGCGCCCGCCCAGGACCCGCAGACGGCGGCCCCGCCGGCGUCGGCGCCAACGCCGGCGGCGGCGGUGGCGCAAGCGCUGCCCGCCGCUCGGCAGCUGCUCCCCAAAGCGUCGCAGCAGCGGUGGCGCCCGUCGCUGCUGCCGACCGGCCUCCUCAACCUGCGCAAGCUCUUCGUGCGGUCCAAGGCAGCCGCCGCCCAGCCGCCCCCGUCGCCGCAGCAGCCAGCGGCGGGCGCCGCGACCCCCGCAAAGGAAGCUGCCGUCGUCUUGGAAGCUGCCCGGGGCCCUAUCCCUGGCAGCAGCAAUGCCACCGUGGUUUCUUCCCCGGGGGCGAACGGCACGGCCACGCCUGGGGGCGCUGCGGGCGCCCGCGGCGGCCAGGAGGCGUCUGGUUUUGAGGUAAUCGAUGCAGGAGAGCCAGCAGAGGGCCCCUCCCCCGCCCUUGCCCGCGCAGCAGCGGCGCCCAACGCCACUGCCGGCAACGGCACGUCGCCGCCGGCGGCGGCGGCGGCGGCGGCGCGGCCCGAGGAGACGAUUGGGGAAGUCGAGGAGCCAAAAGAUCUCUGCGAUCUGGAGGGCGGGGAGCUCCUCAACGAGGACGGCCGGCUGCUGUUUGCCGUCCGCCUUGCCGACGCGGCGCGCACCGUGCUGCCGGCCGGCACGUUCGUCUCGGCGUUCGAGGACGGCCAGCUGGGGGCCGACCCCUCAGAGGACGGCGGCGCUCAAGGCCUGACCGUCGACGGCGGGGACCGCGGCGUGGCCGCGCCCGCCGCGGCCGGC